UGUGUGUGUGUGUUUCAGUUCUCUGUGAGUUACCGGGGAGACGCUCCUGCAGCAGGAUGCGGAGUAUCCGGUAACGCGCUCGUAGCUUUUCCAAAAGAUGCGGCUUCGCGAUAUCCCCGUGUUACCUCAUGUCUGAUAGACGCUGAUUGAAUAUCGGCUGGGUGCGCACUGUCCGGUUCAAAGCUUUACAUUCAGCGCUGUUUUUUAAACUUUCACGAAUCCUCACAGACAUUGACAAGUUUCUUUAGAGGUGCGCGUUGAUUUCAUCAUGGCUACAGACUUUUUAACCAUUUUGUAAACCCGCCGGACAUCUCUGGGACAGUAUGGAUAGUGAAUCAGACUCAUGGGUUUAUAGAUGCACAAAUACUGAAGGAACUACGAGCAAUGGAACAAAAUGACACCGAUGUGGAACCAGCGACCGGGGCGAGAGCCACCGAGACCCAGAGGGGGACUGACAGAUCAAAGGAUUAAACUGCCAAAAUGCCCAAAUGCUGCCCCUCGGCAACCUCCUCCGUCUUACCUGCACAGGUCCAGACCCCGAAGGCCUCCCACUGACUUUGGGCCUUCAGAAAGCCCUGUGCAUCACUGGGAGGAAGCAGGAGUUCCCAGGGCGAGCGACUACCAUGCCAGACAUGCAAAAUCAAGCCCAGUGCGCCCACGAAUCGUGACCGUGGUGCGGCCGUGCGGACAGGAGAGCGUGCGGAAGAUCUCUCUGCUGUUAAACCGCCGCGCUGUGCAGACAUUCGAGCAGCUGAUGGCAGAUGUGUCCGAGGCGCUUGGCUUCCCCUGCUGGAACAACGCUCGAAUACGACGACUCUUUAGCCCUGCUGGGCGAGAAAUCCACAGCCUAGCCGACUUCUUCCGCUUCGACCAUGCCUUCUUGGCCUUUGGGAACAGCAGACCGUCUCUUGACGAGGUACAUGCAGCACUAGAUGAGUUAUAUCCGGAAAACCCCAAACAUUGCGAACACCUGCUGAGAGUAUGGGAGCGUAUCCUGAGACCCAAGGCCACAAAGGCGGAUAGUGGUUUCCAUGAUGAUGACGCCGGAGCCGAGAUGUCCUUAUCUACGGUACAUGAUCAACAGGUAAACCAACCGGUUGUCAACAACUUGCAGCCUGUUGGAAGGCAAAAAGAAAAGGUGAAGAGAGAAAGGCAGAGAGAACUGUGGAGGAGGAGAGGCGACCUGCAGAAAGAAGAUGAGAAGGAGAUAAAGAAGGAGGAAGGAAAGAGAGAUGCUGUUUACUGCCGGAGCUGUCGAGGAUGCGGCCCUCCUAUACCUCCAAUCAGAAGCAGUCAAUGUUCUCAACCAGACAGGCCAAAUAACCACAGUAAUAAAAGUACUUCAUCUCAGAACAACAUGGAAAAAACACAACAAAGAUCACUGAAAGCGGACAAGCAUGUUGCCAAUACAAAAUCAAGCCCAACUGUUCCUCAAAACCGGGAUAAAGAUCUUAAUUUGGAGACAAUAACGGAGCAGGACAUUAAUAAGCAGGAAACAGUUGAGCAGAAAGACUUACAGAGUAACUUACUGGCUGAUGGGGCAGAAGUGUCGCUGGAGGACAUUGAGCACUGCUAUGACAUGGGCCGUGUGGUAGGAGACGGGAACUUUGCGGUGGUCAGGGAGUGCCGUGUGAGAGGCCUGGCUGAAACGUUCGCAAUGAAGAUUGUGGACAACGCAAAGCUGCAGGGACGCGGUCACAUGAUUCAGAAUGAGGUCGCUCUGCUGCAUAGUUUGGAACAUCCUCGGCUCAUCCAGCUGUUUCGUUCUCAUCACACGGACACCCAUGUUUACCUGCUGAUGGAGCUGGUGACCGGUGGAGACCUGUUUGAUGCCAUCACUCAGAGCGGCAGGUUUACUGAGCCAAGUGCUGCAUGCAUGAUCAGAGACAUCAGUCAGGCUCUGGAAUACAUCCACAGCAAGAGCAUCGCACACCGAGACAUUAAACCUGAAAACCUACUGGUACAGCGUCAUGGCAAUGGAUGCUUGAAUCUGAAGUUGGCUGAUUUUGGAUUAGCCAUGGUGGUAACGGAGCCAGUGUUCACAGUCUGUGGCACACCUACAUAUGUUGCUCCAGAGAUACUUGCUGAGAUAGGUUACGGUGUUGGAGUAGACGUUUGGGCGAUGGGUGUCAUACUGUUUGUCCUGCUGAGCGGGUUUCCUCCGUUCCGCAGUCCAGAUCGUAAUCAAGAGGAACUAUUCCGUCUCAUCCAGAAAGGAGAAGUCCACUUUCUGUCCCCUUACUGGGAUAAUGUAUCUGAGGGGGCUAAAGCUCUAGUCAGGGCUUUGCUGGAGGUCAACCCGAAAAGGCGUUUGACAGCUAGUCAAACCCUGCAGCACGACUGGCUUCAGCAUGCAACAGCACAAAAAGACCAUAAGGGGGCGAUAAAGGCCACUGACUCCACAGCUGAGAGGCGCAACCAGCAGAAACUGAGCAGACAGGUGGAAAGUGGUGAAAAUAAGAGUGAUUCUAGCAAACCAGAAUUGUUGGCAGAGAAAUGUCAUGCAGCACAAAUUUACGAGAACAUACUAAAUAAUAAUAAUUAUGAACCCGAUAUUAACAUGCAUGACAGAGACCAGCAAAUUCAAGAGAUUCAUAACAUGACAAGCAAUCAACAAAAUGCAGAAGACACCACCACGAACAAGCAAUAUACCACAGAUCAGCACAAACCUGAGAAACCAGCACAGCAAGAAGACACUGACACAAAACAAGAGUGACCUGCUGAGAAAUGAGUUAGUUAGCGGGCAGUGAAGACUGAAGAAGCCGCAGCAUAAACAAGUGACUAGAAGAAACCAAUGAUAUAUGAAAAGACUAAAAGAGUCAGAACUAAACAAGCCAUGCGAAACAUAACAAAGUGGGACGGUACACCUGAG